ACAAAGGGAACAGAAAGUCCAACCACAAAGAAUAAAGAAGCACACAGCUGUUUCUAGAUAACAUUUUUUUUUACUUAAAAGUAGUGGAGUAGUUACAGGCGUUUAGAUUCUUUGAUUAGUGACGUUUGAGAUGAGAAAGAGGAAGUGUGACUUAAAAUAUGAGGAACUUACGCAACCAUAAUUAUUUCAGUAGCUAUCACUCAAGCUGCAGCACAUCACUAACACUCCAGACUGCUACGAUCUCACGGUUCUGUUUAUUUUAGAAGAUGUUGGGAUCACAACUGUGCCUACUGGUGUUGCUGGGAGCUGUAGUCCCCACAUUGCAGCAGAGAGACCAAUGGUCAAGCCUAGACCACUCUAAUGACUACAACUAUGUCCGCCAUGAUGAAGAAGUUCAAAAAACCUUCUGCUCUUGGGAUUGUCUGAAGUUCACUCUGCAGUGGCCCGGGGCCUUCUGUACGUAUCUAAAUGAGAAGGCAAAGUGUGUUAUUCAACCAGAGAUCAACACCUGGACCAUUCAUGGGCUCUGGCCUCAGAAAGCUUAUAACUGCUGCGGCUGUUGGCAUCUCUUCCCCUCUGACCUCGAGGUGCUUGAUGAAGAGCUGUCUCAGGAGUGGCCGUCCUUCGUGAAGUCCAAGUCCUACUUCCAGUUCUGGAAGAUGGAGUGGCUCAAGCAUGGUGUGUGUGCGGCCUGUGUUGAAGGACUCAACUCCCCGAUUAAGUAUUUCUCACUCUGCCUCAAACUACGACAACAAUUCAACAUCACAAGGACUCUGUCAGAGGGGAAUGUGGUUCCGUCUUGUGAUCGCCCUUAUAAGCUUGCUGAACUCGAGGAGGUCCUGACUCCACUUAUAGGAGAGCACCAUGAAAUCCAGUGCAUCAAAGAUAAGCAGGACAGGGAGCUCUGGUUCCAGGUGAAGAUUCCUUUGUCCCGGAACCUCACCCUGGGCUGUCCCCAACCGAACCCCACUGCGGAGCGAGGCCCACCCCCCGCCGGGCAUCCCUGCCCUUCGCAGACCCCCAUCUACCUGGUGCCAAUAGACCAUGAAAACCCCCGUAAGCCCUGUGGCUGAGGGUCCUGCUAGUCCCUAGACUACGUCCUGCUAGUCCCUAGAGUACAUCCUGCUAGACCCUAGAGUACACCCUGCUAGUCCCUAGACUACACCCUCCUAGACCCUAGAGUACAUCCUGCUAGACCCUAGAAUAUACCCUGCUAGACCCUAGACUAUACCCUUCUAGACCCUAGACAACAACCUGCUAGACCCUAGACUACACCCUUCUAGACCCUAGACCACACCCUGCUAGACCCUAGACUAUACCCUGCUAGACCCUAGACUAUACCCUGCUAGACCCUAGACUAUACCCUUCUAGACCCUAGACUACACCCUGCUAGACCCUAGAGUACAUCCUGCUAGACCCUAGACUAUACCCUGCUAGACCCUAGACUAUACCCUUCUAGACCCUAGACUAUACCCUGCUAGACCCUAGAGUACACCCUUCUAGACCCUAGAGUACACCCUGCUAGACCCUAGAGUACACCCUUCUAGACCCUAGACUACACCCUGCUAGACCCUAGAGUACACCCUUCUAGACCCUAGACUACACCCUGCUAGAACAUAGACUACACCCUGCUAGACCCUCGAGUACACCCUGCUAGACCCUAGACUACACCCUGCUAGACCCUAGAGUACACCCUGCUAGACCCUAGACUACACCCUGCUAGACUCUAGACAACACCCUGCUAGACCCUAGACCACACCCUGCUUGACCCUAGAGUACAUCCUGCUAGUCCCUAGACUACACUGGUCUUGAAUAAUAAUCAACAUUCUGCCUCGUAUUCUGUGUUAAAGUCAGACAAAUAAAACAAAAUUAUCUCUUG